CCAACGCUCACUCCCGCCCGCCGCCACCGCCCUCGCUGUCUCACGCGUAGCAACUGGCCCUUCCUUCAUGUUGGAAGCAGACGCAUCGCCCUCGUGUUUGCUUGGUCUCAUGCGCUGGCCUGAGGGUUGAGCCACGGUUCCAUCGUCUCGUUCCUUCGCAUUCUAUCCCUUACAAAUACUGGAGCCCUACUCCACCACCCAUCCUUAGCACGCGCUGCUAGCACAAAGGCAAUGAGCCACGGCGACUACCUCUCGUUUGAAGAAUUCAACCGGCGCUCGGCCACACCAGACAGCCACACCACACCCGCUGCCGUUGGAAUCGCUGUCGUCGCAGGCAUCGCAACCCUCUUCAAGUUCCUCGACUUCCUCGGGUACCCGGUCUGGUUCUGGAUAGGCCAGUUCGCGCACAAGAUGGCUCUUGGCAUCGUGCGCGCGGUGUCGCCUGCUCCGUCUCUCGGCUCCGAGGCCAGCGACGACACGAUGCAGAGCGGAGGCAUGAUGGGGAACCUGUUCGGCAUGGGCGCCAGUGCUCUGUCCAAGGGCGUGCGAGGAGUUGCAAGCGCUCUGUCCAGAGCUCCCAGCGACUUGCCGCCGGGCCUGGGCAACUACGACAACUCCUGCUACCAGAACAGCGUCAUCCAGGGCCUCGCCUCCCUGCCCUCGCUGCGCGCCUACCUUACGAACACUACGACCGAACACGAGUCGCUUACCGCCGAUACCACCAACGGCGCGCUGCUCGACAUGAUCAGCCAGCUCAACGACCCCGAGAAGCGCGGACAGCACUUUUGGAUCCGCGGGAAGCUGAAGUCCAUGAGCACAUUCACACAGCAAGACGCGCAGGAGUACUAUUCGCGGGUCCUGGAUGAGCUGGACAAGGAGAUCAAGAAGGCGGCACGCAGUAAGAGGCGCUCAUCUGUCUCCUGGACAGAGGCUGCAAAGAGCUUGAGCUUACCAGAAGCAGGUGACAAGGAAAAGGAGAGUGCGGAGGAGAAGGAAGAGGAGAAGGAAGAGGAGAAGCGCGAAGCAACAGAACAACCGAAUGCCGCGCCGAUCCCGCUGGAAGGCUCGCUGGCCCAGCGUGUAGGCUGUACGACCUGCGGCUACGCGGAGGGCCUCUCGCUCAUCCCGUUCAACUGCAUCACGGUGUCGCUCGGUAGGAACCGAUCCGGCUACGACGUUCGCGAACUGCUCGACGAUCACACAGAUCUCGAAUACAUCGACGGAGUCGAAUGCUCCAAGUGCACUCUCUUGAAGCUGAAGAGCACGCUCGCGCCACUGGCAGCCACCAAGGGACCGGAUUCACCAUUCGCUGCAAGACUGCUGGCCGUGCAGGAAGCCCUCGACGAUGAGGACCUUAAAGACACGACUCUGACCAAAACUUUCAACAUUCCCAAGAAGAACUGGGUCAAGAGCGAGAAGUCGAAACAAGUGGUCAUUGCACGCGCGCCGAAGUCGCUCGUCCUCCACGUCAAUCGAAGUAUCUUCGACGAGACCACCUUUGCGCAAUACAAGAACAACGCCGGCGUAUCGUACCCAUCGACGCUGGAUCUAGGCAAAUGGUGUCUAGGGACUCAGCCAAGCGGCUCGCAAAAACCUGAUCUGGACCCCAAGACUGAAGAGUGGCCCCGGGACCCCAAGACAUCUAUGCUUGUGGGCGCAGACGUCACUACGCCAUCGCCCUUCCAGUACAAGCUGCGAGCUGCUGUCACUCAUUUCGGUACACACGGCAACGGCCACUACGUCUGCUAUCGACCGCACCCCAGGCCGGUCCGCAAGGCAGAAAAGGAAGACAAUGACACGGAAGAGAAAGAGGACCGAGAAGAAAAAACCGAGAAAGCGAAUGAAGAAGACGAAGCAGAAGAGGAGGAGGGGGAGGAUGAAGAACCAACACUAAGUUCAGAGCAAUGGUACCGCUUCAGCGACGACACCGUUUACGCCGUGUCCGAAGCCGAAGCCCACCAGGGCAACGUCUUCAUGCUUUUCUACGAGCGAAUCGACGACUCCACACCACUCGAAGCCGCAAAUACGGCAACAGAGACACUCGCUGUCCUCAAAGACGCGCCACUGUCGCCAACCAAUGCUUCCACGCCCCUCGAACCCGUUGAAGUAGCAGUGGAGGUUCCGCUCUCAAGCGACGAUGACGACGACGACGACGUCAUCGACUUCACCCCAUCAGAACCUCCAGCAGCACACCCCGCACCACCUAUCAUCGCAUCCGAUAAAGCGACAGCAGACGACACAGAAGCCACCGAAGCCAGCGAGACAGAACUCGAAUCUGAAGCUGAGGCGCCACCAACACCUCCAACACCCACACUUCCCAAACUCUCACCGCACACAAUGCGCACAGCAGGCAACGCUUCAUCCAGAAAUCAAGGUAGCAGGGCGAGUUUGCCGCUUGUGAGCGCGACAUAGAGCUCCGUAGGGAGGAAGAGGAAGAGGAAGCAGAUACCUCGCGUCAGGAGGGAAGCGAGGGCGCGUUGGUGUCUGGCGAGAUUUUACAUGGUUUACAUUUUACACGGGGCACUUUGCUUGGGCGUCUUCAAUAUACCUGUUGGCCGAUGAGGAUCAGGAUCAGGAUGGCGUUCUGGGGUAAAAGUAAGCUUUUGGCGCAUGAGUAAUUGCGUAGUGGUAUGAAUAUAACGUCCGUCCCUACGUGCCGGGACGCACGGAGUAACGGGACAGGUUUGCACUCCGGACCUUCGCCAUCGCUUGUUCG